UCCCGGGGAACUGCAUCAGGGUGAAGCCUGUGCUUGGGGCCGCCACACCACAGCCGCCGUCCUCAGCACAGAACGCAGCCUGACGCAGCGCUGUACACACCCGGCUGACAAGCGUUUCUCUUCACGCUUCUUGGAAACCCUGAACGCCCCGCCUACUUGUAAAGACUGACAAGUCGUCAAGCCAAUCGCUGCACUAUGACCCAGAGGGGCGUGUAAUCGCUGUCAAGCUGGGCGGGGCAGCUGGGGGAGUGAGUGGUCGCCCUUGCGCACUUCCCGCGAGGUUUUUUUUUCUGGGCGGGCUCGGCCGGAAGUGGCUGCCAGUCGUCGGUGUUCGUGUCCUCCCAUCAUAUAGUGAGAAGCGGUCGCAGCGGAGCGGGGCGGAGAUCUCAGUCUCCUUCCCCGGCAACAUGAGCUUUCUCUUCGGUAGUCGAUCUUCAAAAACAUUCAAACCCAAGAAGAACAUCCCGGAAGGAUCGCAUCAGUACGAGCUCCUGAAACAUGCGGAGGCCACGCUCGGCAGCGGUAAUCUGCGGCAGGCGGUCAUGUUACCGGAGGGAGAGGAUCUCAAUGAGUGGAUUGCUGUGAACACUGUGGAUUUCUUCAACCAGAUUAACAUGCUGUAUGGAACAAUCACCGAGUUCUGCACGGAGAGCAGCUGCUCAGUGAUGUCUGCGGGGCCCAGGUACGAAUAUCACUGGGCAGAUGGCACAAACAUUAAGAAGCCCAUCAAGUGUUCUGCACCCAAGUAUAUUGAUUACCUGAUGACCUGGGUUCAAGACCAGCUGGAUGAUGAGACGCUAUUCCCCUCCAAGAUAGGUGUCCCUUUCCCCAAGAACUUCAUGUCGGUGGCAAAGACCAUACUGAAGCGGCUGUUCCGGGUGUACGCCCACAUCUAUCACCAGCACUUUGACUCUGUUAUGCAGCUACAGGAAGAAGCACAUCUCAACACUUCAUUCAAACAUUUCAUCUUCUUUGUACAGGAGUUUAACCUGAUUGACCGCCGAGAGCUGGCUCCCCUUCAAGAACUCAUUGAGAAACUGGGAUCCAAAGACAGAUAAGCCGGGAGGAGGGCGUCCCUCCUGCCAGCGCCGGUCUCCUCUCACGGCUCAUGCCAGCGGGCAAGCCUUUGUCCUAUAACCAUUCUCUACCUGAAGGACUCCGAGUACAACUGCAUUCCCAGAGGAGGCGCCACUGGAAGUCGUCUUUUACAUAGAGAUUGCCUUGUGUUAUUUUUGUAUGAACUUUUAUAGA